UUUGUAUUUUAUGCCAUUGAACAUUGAAGCAAUGGAUUAAGCUAGAUGUUCAUAUUAUUUUUUCAAAAUUUAACUACCAUAUGGUUGAAUUGACAUCAGCUGUGGUUUGCUUUUUGUUUGUUUUAAUACACUGUAGCUUGUACAAUGCAGCUUCCUGAGGCUAGAAGUGUUGUUUCAAACUACAAAUUUGUGGUGACUCCCGAUGUCCAUUUUCAGAAAGAUCUGGGCUUGGACAGCUUGGACAAUGUGGAAAUUGUGAUGGCUCUAGAAGAGGAGUUCAAGCUGGAGAUUCCAGACAAGGAAGCUGAUAGGAUCGACUCCUGUGCUCUUGCAGUCGAGUAUAUUUCUAACCAUCCAAUGGCUGGUUAA